GCGCACACACAACCCUCCCUCCCUCUCUACUCUCCUUCUCUCUCUUGCCAUUUUCAUGCACCGGACUUGACACCGGAGAGGACUAGACUAGGAGGGAGGGAGGGAGAGAGAGAGAAAGGGGGCCCUUUCCUUCUCCAGUAAGGAUCAAAAUCCCCUUCUUCCUUCGAGUCCUCGCCGAUUCCUGCUGCAGCUUCGUCCAGGCAGCAUUGGUGGGUGGGUGCGUGUAGUGAGUGGGGGGAGGAGGGAGGCAAUGGCGCUGGUGCUGGCGGAUCCGGACGCCGUGGAGGAGAACCCGGACGUGUGGGAGCUCUUCCGGCACUACGACAAGCUCUACUUCCGCGGCGCGCUCGACGCCGCCGCCUUCUCCGUCAGGUGGACCUCCCCGCACACCAAAAGGAUCAGAUGUUUUGGAUCAUGUUCCUUUGGAGAAGGCAACAAUAUCAUAACACUCUAUGAGCCCAUGCUGAAAUAUCGCACAAAUGAUGAUCUGAAGAACACCCUGCUGCAUCUGAUGAUUCAUGCAAUCAUAUUUGUAAAGCAUGGUGGGAAGUGCAUUUGGAAUCAUGGUCCUCUUUUCCGUGAUUGGAUGGAUGCUAUCAACGCUUGCUCCAUUGAGGAUGACCUGAGACCAAGUAGUGGCUACUGUAUCACAACCACCCAUGAUUUCAGUCCGGAAACGUUCUGCGGUAUCGACGGCUUUUUGUGGAAGUGUGAAUCAUGUAGCAGUACACUUAUGAGGGCGAAGAAGCUGAGCCCUCCAUCUGAUUCCUGCUGUAUUGAGAAUUUUAGCGAAGAUGGAACCUGUGGCAACAUGCUUUGCUACUGGCACAACCACAAAAUGGAUUGUGGUGGUACAUAUGUUCUGAACAAAGCACGAGAUACACCAGGUCAAAAGAAGGUUCCCAAAGGUGGGAGGAGGCUUAUGACUGGAAAAUCUGAAAUGUCUGAGUCACAAGGAACUGUACAAGAAUCAUAUUCAGAUGAAUUGCAGGAGAAUGGUACUGUCGCAAAACCAAAUGCACAAGUUAAGCUCCCUUCUCUAACAGGCGGCACGAACACAAAAUCACUGGGUAGUAGCUCCUCAAAGAAGGCAGGCAAGAGGAAUAUGCCUGAAGACUUCCAGAAAGCAAUUGUUUUGCAUGCUGCCUCUUUAAGAAAACUGAAGCCGCUGCAAGAGUUUGCUGAAACAGAGAAACGUGAGCUUUUACGUGUAGUGGGUUGCAAUGAUGCAAAAUCACGGGGUAGUAUCUCCUCAAAAAAGGCAGGCAAGAGUAAUAUUCCUGAUGACUUGCAGAGAGCAGAUGUUUUGCCUGCCUCUUCAUGUAAAAAAUUGAAGUCGAAGCACGAGGCAACGGAGAUGCAUGAGCUUUUCUCUACAAGGAGUCGCAGCAAUGCAAAAUCACUGGAUAAUAGCUCCUUAAAGAAGGCAGACCAGAGGAAUAUACCUGAAAACUUUCAGAAAGUAAUUGUUUCACCUGCUCCCACUCUGGGAAUACUGAAGCCAGAGCAAACAUUGGUUGCAUCGCAGAAGCACAAGAUUUUAUCUUUAGGAAGUUGGAACAAUGAAAAAUCAGCGCGAAGUAGCAUCUCCAGAAAGGCAGAUAAGUGGCAUAAUCCUUCUAAUACAGAAGAUGUUCGGAAACCCAGUGCCCGGCCUGCUGCAUCUCAGAAAAAACUGAAGGUAGAGCAAGACUCGGUUGCGUUGGAGAGACGUGAUUUUUUCUCUCUAGGAAGUUACAGCAAUGCAAAACAACCAGGAAGUAGCAUGCCCAGGAAGGCAAACAAGUGGCAUAAGCCUGAGCAUGUGGAGAAAUCCAGUGUCCCACUUGCCGCAUCCCCAAAACAACUGAAGCCAGAGAAAGACGUGACUGCAUCAGAGAAACACAGGGUUGUCUCUCAAGGGGGUUACAACAAUGCAAAAUCACCAGGAAGUAGCACCUCCAUGAAUGCAGGAAAGUUGCAUAAGCCGGAUGAAGUUGAGAAAUCCAGUGUCCCACUAAACGCUCCUUCAAAAAAACUGGAGCUAGAGCAAGACUUGGUUGCAUCGGAGAAACACAUGGUUCUCCCUCUAAGGGGGUGCGGCAAUGUGAAACCACCAGGAAGUAGCACCUCCAGGAAGGCGGGGAAGCUGCAUAACCCACAGGACACUGAGAAAACAAGUGCCCUGCCUGCUGCACCUCAGAAAAAACUGGAGCUAGUGCAAGACUCGGUUGCAUUGAAGAAACAUGGGAUUACACAACCACCAGUAAGUAGCACCUCCAGGAAGGCAGAGAAGCUGCAUAAGCCGGAGGACACCAAGAAAACAAGUGUCCUGUCUGCUGCACCUCAGAAAAAACAGAAGCUAGUGCAAAACUCGGUCGCAUCAGAGAAACAUGGGGUUGCAAAACUGCCAGGAGGUAGCACAACGAACCAAGCAGGCAAGAUGCCUGAAGCCUUUCAGAAAUCCUGUGCCGUGUAUGCUACUAGAAAACGGAAGCGUGAAUUGGGUGCAUCGGAGAAGAAUGGGCUUUCCUCUUUUGUGUGUUGCAACAAUGCAAAAGUACUGGGUAAGAUCUCCUUAAAAACCAGGGGUUCUGCUAGGAAAAAGGAGUAUGCGUGUGUCAGUGUGUGGCAGAACAUCUAUGAAUCAGAAGGGUCAAGUGGAUCAGCCGAGCCGCUUGUAAACAAGAGAACAGAGCGAAGGAAAAGAGAGAGAGAACGCUUAUCUCAGAUAACUUGUGCACGUUCAAGGAAGCGAUAUACCAGUGAAGCCUCCAUCAAGGCCCAACCUCCCGAAGAAGUCUCAUCUCAACAAGCCAAACCACUGUCUGAAUGCUUGGAGAUUGUUGUUAUCGAUCCUGCUGUCCAGGUGGUGACUGAAGCCCCUAGAGAUCUGUCCCAGCCACCAGCUCAAUGCUUGGAUAUUGUUGUAAACCCUCCUUCAGACCAGGUGAUUACUCAAGCGCCUAGAGAUCAGAGCCAACCACCCGUUCCAUGCUUGGACAUUGUUGUUGCCCCUCCUGUGGGCCAGGCGAGGACUCAAGCCCCUGGAGCUCCUCAGCAACUUAAUAUGUAUGGCGUGCCAAACAGUGACUUCAGCUCAGGGAGGCCUUCAUUUGUGGCAGCACCUACUGAACCUACGUCUGGAUCAUUACGGCGAACUUAUGUUGAGCAGCCACGGGGGAUGUAACAACAUACACAGCCAAGGAUAGGUUAUCGAUCUGAGCCAGCAUCGUGCCUGGACAUUGUUGACCAGGUGAUUACUCCACCAACUACAUGCUCCAUUGUCGGUAAUCAAGUGGCUCCACCUCUGCCAGCUGAGACAAGCAGUAGCCCUGACAUAAUAGACAUUUCUGAUGAUGACUGAGCUUACUUCUGUUACAUCACUCUUCUCUGCUCAUUGUGGACUAAUUGCAAUGUGUUCUGUGGAUGGACAACCAGCUCUCCGGACUUCAACAGUAGUUUAGAUCUGGUUAGUGCUUGCUAUAUAGAGAGGGCACAGUCAUUUAAGCAUUAAAUGUUUAAUCUGGGCAUGCAUGAGUAAUUUGAUGUGGAGGCAGAGAGCAUUUGGACUAUCUGGAGCGUGUAAACAUCCUACGUUUUCAGACGAAGGUUAACUGGAGUAUAAUACUGAAACAUGGGCGUAUCCUGGGACAAUUGUUUUAGUUGUUAUGACAUUUUUCA